AUGCAUCUACAAUACGUCCUCACACUGGUUGCCGCCGCUCUUGUCGCAAGUAAGAGUUCUGCUUCAGCCGCUAAGCCCGCACAUGAUGCUAGAGCCAGAAACCUAGCUUCGCAGGACCAAGUCCACCUGAUCGACCUUCUUAAAUCGGAGACCAAGACCAAGCGAAUGCUCCGUGGUGCUCAGGAUUUCAAUGAAGAUAACACUGUUGAGUACUCCCCAAGCAGUGGCGCGCCCAAGAAAACCUUCAUCGAAGACAAGCUAAAGGAUUUGCUGUCCAGCCUGGAGACGACGACGAGGUUUUACGAUCGCUGGUACGAGAGUGGAUAUUCCAUCGAACAAGUCACCCGUAGCCUCGAGGAGAGUAAAAGCAGAGAUGUCAACGAGACGUACAGGAGUCUCGCUAAGGGUUAUGCAGCAUACGUUGAAGAUAAAGAGAAUCAGACAGAGGUUGAGCCAGUCGAUCGCAAAUAA